CGUCAAGUACGAAAGACGACGAAACGACCGGAAGUUUACAAACAUUGACCUAGCCAGCUAAAAUUCACCUAACAUUUUUAUCUGAGCAACCGCUGAAAAACAUCUGUUUACAAAUAACAGACAAGAAAAUGGUUUGUGAAAAGUGCGAGAAGAAGCUUGGUAAAGUCAUCACACCUGACACUUGGAAGGAUGGCGCACGUAAUACAACAGAGGGUGGUGGCCGUAAGCUAAAUGAAAACAAGAUGCUGACCUCAAAAAAAGCAAGGUUUGACCCGUACAGCAAGACAGGCUUUGCUACCUGCAGAAUCUGCAAGAGCUCAGUUCAUCAGUCUGGAUCACACUACUGUCAGGGCUGUGCAUACAAGAAAGGAAUCUGUGCUAUGUGUGGAAGGAAAGUUUUGGACACCAAAAACUACAAACAGACAUCAGUGUGACAGCGUGACCAUCGGUGAACAGUUCUACGAGUGAAUAACUGAUGUGACAACGAGAUGGAAGUUUAUUCUCGUCAUCAUUCCGCUGUAGCUCUUUUGCGUUCUUUUUCCCACCUUUUGUGAAAGAGAGAGAUUUGCAGCUGGCUAUGCACUCUUAUUACAGAAUAUCAUCGAAUGCAACUGGAAUUAUUACAGUAGCCAUAUACAGGGAAGCGCUGUUGGAUCCAAAUACACAACCAGUCACCACCUGUUUCACAAGUUCCGGCUUCUAGUUUUCUUUGUAUAUUUAAAAUCAACCGCUUGCGGUGUGAUUCUUUGCUCUUAUAAAGGGUUGUUUUCUGUAUGUAUUAUAUCAAGUCCUGCAUUUUUUUAAACUGAAUUAAACCAUUCAAUAUGAA